AGUAGCUGCUGCCUGCCACACUGUCCAAUCGCAUCAACGAUGAGAAAAUGGAGAAAGAAAGAGAGGCAGCGAGAGGGAGAUGGGGGAGGAGAAAGAAGGAAAGGAAUGGAGAGGGAGAGAGGGAGAGCGAGAUUGAUCAUGUAAACGUCCUGGGCCCUGUGUUCAAGGAAGAAAUACCUACAUUCCAACUAGCUGUGCUUUUUUUCCCGUCGCUUUCACGUUCCAGCGGGCUGAGAUAAGCUGGAGGGCUGUUUAUUUUUCCCUUUUCUCUUUCUUUCUUAUAUGGGUUGUUUCCACCUAGAAGAGGUGCCACCACUACCACCACAUUUACCAGCAGGAGCAGCAGGAACAGCAGCAGUGUAGGAAUAUCUCCCCAUAUCCCAUCCCGGGCACGUCGGAUCAGCCGCAGAAGCGAAGACACGAGGCGAUCAUUGCGGUGGACUGGAAGAGAACAUGCUCCGCGGGAUUUCACUCCGCUCACCCCGGUUGGGAGACAGUCCAGGCUUGUUAUGGGGGUGACCGGAAGAAGAUAGUGACAGAGGAACAGUGAUGCCACUGUUCACAUAACGCCACACUCACACACAUGCCAUGCAUCAGCAUAUGUAUAUACCCACAGACAUGCAUGCAGGCUCAAAUUGGCAGUCCAGGACACACACGCUCACUUAAACUUUCCAGCACAUACAUACGUACACUCACAGGGACUCAGUGACUGAGUCACUGCACACAUAGAGGCAAAAACUCACUGACUCACACACAGACACAUACACAAAGGGAAAAGGUUGCUCUCAAGAGACAGGACUGUGUGCAGUGUGUGUUAUGGGCCAAGCUGAGCAGCAGCUGUGCGUUAGAGUUGGAUACCUCUGAGGGGUCAGCUUAGACAUAACCCUCAACCUGCCUCCAGUACCUUUCCUUCCUCCUGCCCUCCCCCUAGUUUUCUGCCUAAACAAACCAUCAUGUCUGAGCUGAGGACCAGCAGAACUGUCUCCCGCUCAUCCCUCUCCUCGCCCUUUAGAUUUUCAACCCUCCUCCUCUCCCUUUACUUCUCCCUCCAGCCGACCUCCUUGUCGGCUGAACAGACUGUGCCUGUUGUUUCCACGGCUCAGGGCCGCGUUCGCGGCAUCAUGACCCCUCUGCCCUCGGACCUUCUGGGGCCUGUCAUCCAGUACCUGGGUGUACCGUACGCCAGGCCACCAACUGGGGAUCGGCGCUUCCAGGCACCUGAGCCACCUCUGCCAUGGCCGGGGAUACGGAAUGUGACACAGUUUGCUCCAGUGUGCCCACAGUCUUUGGACGAGAGGAGCAUGCUGGGAGAUAUGAUGCCAUCCUGGCUCACUACAAACCUGGAUAUAGCAGCAACCUACUUCACUCAUCAGAGCGAGGAUUGCCUCUACCUCAACAUCUACGUACCCACAGAGGAAGACAUCCAUGAGGAGGGGGGUCAGCGGCCAGUGAUGGUCUAUGUCCAUGGAGGUUCGUAUUCUGAAGGCACUGGGAACAUGAUGGAUGGCAGUGUGCUCGCAAGCUAUGGCAAUGUCAUUGUCAUAACCCUCAACUAUCGCCUGGGAGUUUUAGGGUUUCUUAGCACAGGUGACCAGGCAGCAAAAGGAAACUAUGGCUUGCUCGAUCAGAUUCAAGCUCUGCGCUGGGUGAAGGAGAACAUUGCAGCCUUUGGUGGAGAUCCAAACAGGGUCACUGUGUUUGGAUCUGGUGCUGGUGCAUCAUGUGUCAGCCUCCUCACCUUGUCCCACUACUCCGAAGAUCUGUUCCACAGAGCCAUUAUCCAGAGUGGCAGCGCUUUAGCCAGUUGGGCUGUCAACUACCAGCCAAGCAAAUAUGCCCGGCAGCUCGGCGAGAGGGUUGGCUGUGGCAUUGAUGACAGCACUCAACUGGUCACCUGCCUCCAGGGCCGGAGUUACCGUGAACUUGUGGAGCAGAACAUUACUCCGGCCAAAUAUCACACUGCUUUUGCCCCGGUGAUUGAUGGCGAUGUUAUACCUGAUGACCCUCAGAUUCUGAUGGAGCAGGGAGAGUUUUUGAACUAUGAUGUGAUGCUGGGGGUCAACCAGGGGGAAGGUGUGAAGUUUGUGGAGGGAAUUGUGGACUCUGAGGAUGGUGUCACAGCUGAGGACUUUGACUUUGCCGUGUCAGACUUUGUGGAUAGUCUCUAUGGUUACCCAGAAGGCCGAGAUACACUCAGAGAGAGCAUACGGUUCAUGUACACUGACUGGGCAGAUCGUGACAACGCAGAAACUCGUCGGAAGACACUGGUAGCACUUUUUACAGACCACCAGUGGGUGGCGCCAGCCAUUGCUACAGCUGAUCUCCAUGCUCAGUAUGGGUCUCCCACCUACUUUUACUCCUUUUACCACCAUUGCCAGAGUGAAGCCACGCCGCCCUGGGCCGAUUCUGCUCACGGUGAUGAGGUGCCCUAUGUGUUCGGCGUGCCCAUGGUGGGUCCCACUGAUCUGUUCAACUGUAACUUCUCCAAGAACGACGUGAUGCUGAGCGCUGUGGUCAUGACUUACUGGACCAACUUCGCUAAGACCGGGGAUCCAAACCAGCCAGUUCCUCAAGACACCAAGUUCAUCCACACAAAGCCCAAUCGAUUUGAGGAAGUUGCCUGGUCUAAAUACACCCCCAAAGAGCAGCUGUACCUCCACAUUGGACUCAAGCCACGUGUCAGAGACCACUACCGCGCCACCAAGAUCUCCUUCUGGCUCCAGCUGGUUCCUCACUUGCAUCAUGUCAAUGAACUUUUGCAGUCUGUUUCCUCAUUCACACACAGUCCCUCUCCACAAGAUGAUACCCCUUAUUCUUACACCAAGCGUCUAUCCAAAGGAUGGCCUCCUAUAAGCACACGCCAUCCAGGUUCGCAAGGAGGCACGCCACAGCCACCGGAGUCUGCUUUGGGCCAGGAUGGAGGGGAAAGUGGGGUUCGGAUGCCAAAUGAGGACUACUCAACUGAACUGUCAGUGACGAUAGCUGUAGGAGCAUCACUGCUGUUUCUCAAUAUAUUAGCAUUUGCGGCUCUGCUGUAUAAGAAAGACAAAAGACGUCUUGAGCAUCGUAGACCACGUCCACUGCCUCCUCCUAGAAGGGACAUAACACCCGCAGAUGUUGCAGCCCACCUGCAGGGAGAGGGACUGAUGUCAUUACAGGUGAAGCAGCUUGAGUGUGAUGUCGCAUCAGCGGAUGAGAGAAACAACGCUCAUCACCAUCACACUCUGGACACACUCGAUGCUCUAGAUGGUUUGGACACCCAGGACAUUUACAGCACACUGGACACUGUGCGCCUCACCUGUCCACCUGAUUACACCCUAACCCUACGCCGCUCUCCAGAUGACGUUCCCCUAAUGACCUCCCUGACCCCCGGCUCGCUGCCCGUGACCCCGGGGUCGCACCCGGUUACCCCUGCAACACCAAUGACCCCAAUGACACCUGGAUCGGUGGCUGGGAUGAGGAUGGGCCACCCUCACCAGGGUUACACACACCAUAGCCCAUAUAGUAAUACACACUUGCCCCACACACACAUCUCCGCACACACACACUCCACCACACGUGUAUAACCGCAGCCAGACACUCACACAAACACACACCAACAGCUUACACUCUAACACACCCAUACAAACACACACACACAUACACACACACACACACACACACACACACACACAACCACACAUAUUCACACACAUGCAUAAAACAGACUGAAAUACCUCUAAUAAUUACCCUGCAGGAUUGUUACAGAUUGAAUCACAGAGAGACAUUUUCCUGAAUGAGAAGGCAGACGUGUGUGUGUUGCAUGUUGGGGAACCGCACUUAAACUGGAUUCCCCAGAGACGCAGCUUUGUGCAACAUUUGCUCACAACCCAAUGUUUCAAGACCUGCUUUGGAUUUUAAAUGAAAUCUUUCCACACCUGAGGAGGAAAAUGAAGGGUACUCGGGUCAGUUACAGUUCUCUUUUACUUCACCUGAGUGACCAUCCUGGGAAUGGGGAGAUCAGAUGCAGAUGUAGAAAUGAGAUGAGAGUGCCACACACAGACUGCUGAUGUCAACUUGAACAACCUGUUACAAUGUGAAUGUAGCAUUUUUUUCCAUUAAAAAAGAUCAAAGGCCCUAUCUGCCAAGGAUACAACUAAGCUGAGUGGGAAAGAAAAGAAAAAAAAAAUGCAAGUGAUGGUUGUAAAAAACCGAAAAAGAAGAGGAGGAUUAAAAAGACAACAUUAGCUGAAGGAAAGAUUUAGAUUGUAUGUGAGAUAAAGAUUUGAUUGAGUUGGAUUCAACAGCAAGGGAAAAAGGGAAAAAGAUAGACAUAUAAAAAAACAACAUGGAAAGUAUGCCAAGAGACAGAGUUUAGGUUCAGAUGAAGAACGGGCCUCUGAAGCGUUGCCAAACUCCGUGAAGUGUCACUCUAACCAGCUAUGUGUCAAACUCUUGUAAAUAGAAUGGAAAGAUUCAGAUGAUAUAUUAUGAUUUAUAGCAUUUACCUGCUACUUGCAUUAAAACAUUGCUUAUUUAACCACAUUAUUGCUUUCAUUUCAGAUAUUAAUAUAUUAUUGUAUAGAUGUCCUAAAGCAAGGCUGGUAGUCUUUCCAUCUCACCUCCUGUAGUAUGUACACAGUACAGUGAUAUAAAAGCUACAUUUGCUAUGCAGUCAUUUUAGUGUUUUUUACCUAUGUGACCAAUUAGAUCCUCAUUCAGUAGCUGAACUAUAGAACAUUUUUCACAUCAUCCUGCCUAUUUCUCUUUUAACAUUGAUCAGUCAGCUAGUACUGUGUAGAUAAUGCAAUAUUGGUUUGAUGAUUAAGCACCAGCCAAAAAAAAACACAAACCCUUUGACCCUAUAACCCCUUGUCCCCAAUUGUUUUCCUUAAAUACUUCACCUUUCUGAACCCCAACUCUUAAUAUUGUUUCUGAAGACAAAUAAAUGAUGAUGAUUAAAGGGGCCCUGAAUUUUAUGGAAUGUCUUUUUAUGAAAAUGUCUCUUUAUGGAAAUUAAAUUAUGCUUUAUUUCUUGUACAAGGCCUUUAAAAAGUGAUUAAAUCCAUGGAACGUAUUUACUUUUUUCACACUACAACAAACCACAAACUUUAAUGAAUUUUAUUGUGACUUUUUGUGAUAGGCCAACACAAAGUAAUAAAUAAUUGUAAAGUGGAAGAAAAUGUGUGGCCUAAAUACAUAUUCAGCCACACCUGAAAAGUACUUUGUAGAAUUACCUUUCAAUGCAAUUACAGCUGUAAACCUUUUAUGUAACUGCCAGCUUUACACAUAUAUAACCCUGUUUUAUUUUUAGAAAAUUUCAUCCAUAUUUCUUUGCAAGACAACUGAAGCUCAGUCAAAUUUGAUGGGGCGUUUCUGUUACCAUCUCUUUUUAAGCCUUGCCACAGAUUCUCAAUUGGAUUUAUGGCUGGAGUUUGACUUGUUCAUUCUAACAGAUUGAGAUGAUUUGGCCAAUCCUCUUGUGGGUAGGUGACUAUUCACCCCUGUAUCAUGUCUUUGCCUCUAACAGCAUUUUUUUUUCCUGGAUGUCCUGUAUUUAGCUCCAUACAUAUUCCCUGUUCAUGCUGAAGAAAAACAUCACCACAGCAUGAUGCUGCCAACAUAUUUCACUGUGAAAACAGUGUUUUUCAUAGCGAAGUGCUGCAUCAGUUUUGUGCUAGAUCUGAGCUUCACUAUACACACAAAACAAUCUGAUCGUUCUUUCUGCAUUGAACACCUUAAAAUAACUGUUGAAACAAACACAACAUUCAGUUUUGGUCUCAUCCGACCAGAGCACCUUCUUCCACAUGUUGUAAUGCUUCUUACAUGGCUUGUGACAAACUGCAAACGUUUUUUUUUUUUUUCUCUCCCCUAAACUACUUGUAGAGUCCAUAGCACAUUGUGUUAUAGUUAACAGAUUUUCUCACUUAAACGUAACUCCUCCAGAGUUACCAUAGGUAUCUUGGCCGCUUCUCUGAUUAACGUUCUCCUUGCGUAAUCUGUUGGUUUAGGUCUUUUGGUAGGUUUACAGUUAUAUUAAAGUUUUUUCUUGUCAAGAUGAUGGAUUGUAACAUAACUGCUUCAAUACUUCUCCACAACUUUCCCUGACCUGUUUGGUGAGUUAUUUGGUCUUUAUGAUAUUAUUUGUUCACUAAUGGUCUUAAACAAGCUAUAGAGGCAACAGCACAUCUGUAUUUAUACUGAGAUUAAAUUACACAAAAGUUUUGAAUUGAUUUUUUAAAAAUUAAAUUCAUGUAUCAUUUUUCUUCCACUUCACAAUAAUUGACAAUUUUAUGUUGAUCUAUUAUAUAAUAUACUUACACAUAAUACAAUAUUUAAAAGUUUGUGGUUUUAACAUAAAAAGUAGUAUAAAUACUUUUGCAAGGCACUGUGCCUUUGUUAUUUACUGUUAAGGAGGGUCCUGGUUUUUCAAGUAGUGCCCCUUAUUAAACUACCUAGUGCUGACAGAAAUCCUGGCCCUGAUUAAAAAAACCUCUCUAAAAUCAAUUUUUUAAAGCUUGGAAGUUUGGUUUAUUUUCUGUGACCUUGGUUUGGAGCAAGCUUUGAUUAAUGGGGUGGAAGAUAAAGUAUCAUUGUGUUAUAAUGAGAGAGAGAGUCAACAGUGCAGGAAAACAAGGCUCCAAACAUGCUGCUUCCUAAACCUUAAUAUCCCCAAAAAGGAUAAUUUUUUUGCUUAAUUAAAUUAAAUCUACCACUGAAAUUCCAACCAUCAUCUUGUGGACAUAAUAGCUUUACUGGUGGUUUUUCUUGCUGACUUCACUGUGAGUGUAGGAGGGCCAUGGUUGUUACUGGUCUUAGUCAUUAACAUAACAGAUCAAACAUUUCUCAAAUCCAUUACAAACAAUUUACAUGCAUAAGUAAAGUAUUUAGGAUCAAGAGCUCCCAUGGAGACCACAUAAAAAGCAUUUUCCUUUGUUCCAGUUAACCAAAUGAUUAAAGGGCCCAUAAUGACUUUAAAUCCAGUAACUCAACCAAGGGCCCUAACAAACGUUUUGCAGCAUUUCUGUAUUUUCCUGUUUUUCCUAGCCCCUUUCCUUUACCCAAGGUUAGUCUGGCCCUCCCAUUUCCUUCCCCCUCCCAGUCUCAAUAUGUGUGAUCACAAGCAGCUUUGUCACGUUGAGGCCUAUUUAAUCUCUGCUCAUCCUAAGUAACUUCCUCAUUAGUUUCCCUGAGAGGUUUUUUUUGUCACUUGUUAACCGAAAAUGUGCAAAAUUUUAAAUUGCUGACAAAUUUGUGGUACGCAAAUAACUUUUACAAAAUGAUACAAAAAUAACAUUUAAAGGAUGUUUGACUGAAUAUUUGUUUCUUCUUAUGGGUUUACCGUCUCAGCAGACGGAUGGCGUGUGACGAGCCUAAAACAUUUCUGCUGCAUUUUUGAAAAAUAAAAAUAUCAGUAUUUUACAA